AUGGCGAACCAGGCGAAGGAGUAUGCGAUGCAACUCGUGGAACGUCUGAAAGACUUCCGGGAAACGAGGCUUUCAAAUGUGCGCCCGUUCGGCGAGUUCUUUGACUACCACCGGAUUAGUGUGCCGCGCGACACCAACGAAGCUAUCCAGCGUAUCACGUAUAAUACCCGACAUUUCUCGGGUAACUAUGCUGUUGUGAUUGCUCUUCUAUCCGUUUACGGGCUGUUCACGGACUUACUGCUGUUGGUCGCUGUUGUGGUGCUGGUCGGCGGUUUUGCGGCCAUCAACCGCUUUGCUCCCGAGCCGAUGCAGGUGGGAAAUCACGUUGUAACGCAGAAGAGUCUCUAUGCUAUUCUACUCGCUGUUGGCCUGGUGCUGCUGUGGUUCGCCGAACCUUUCGCACUGAUCUUUUGGCUCGUGGGAAGCAGCGCGCUCAUUAUUCUCGGUCACGCGGCAUUUAUUGAGCCUCCUGUGUCUAGUGAGUACGCCGGUGUUGAGUCUGUGUAG